GAAAGUGCAAGUUAAAUUCAGAAACUGACCGACAGAAAAGCAGGGGCGCUGACAGACACUUAAAGUGAUAAAGAGUUGAAACAAAGGUGAGAAUACCAUGUGUGCGUCUCGGCUGGUCUUGCUGCUUGGACUGCUUCUAUGUGUGGGGGCUCAGCUGUCCAGUGCCCAGCACUGGUCUCAUGGUUGGUACCCUGGAGGCAAAAGGGACCUGGAUUCUUUCAGCACGUCAGAGAUUUCAGAGGAGAUCAAGCUGUGCGAGGCAGGAGAAUGCAGCUACUUAAGACCUCAGAGGAGGAGUAUUCUGAAAAACAUUCUUCUGGACGCUUUAGCCAGAGAGCUCCAGAAGAAGAAGUGACAGCUUUCCACCCUUUACUGUUUUUCUACCCAGGGACCUUCUUCUUCAGUGUCCUUGUCAUGAUGUUUAACAACUGAAUUUUGUUUCACUUAUCUUGUCAGUUUCUUGUUUAUCAGUUCAUUUGUUUUCAAGCAUUAAAUUAAGUAUUCUUGUGGCAAGCAAAUGUUAAACCAUAAUGUCCAAUAAUAAAAUAUCUAUUUUGAUAUGAACUUUUUUUUUCAUGUAAAUGGUGUAAAACUAUAUCGCAGUAGUGUAGUGAUAUUGAGGGAAAAGAGACUUAUUUGUAUAGAUGUAACAAAAAAUAUAU